GGCUGUCCAGGCCGGUGCAUCUCCAUGACAACAUCAGAGGAGGAGGGUGUCGUUCCACAACGCUGCAGAACGUGAAGGGCAGGGAUGGCAGAAACUGUAGAUGGUAAAAAAGAAGAGGCAGACUACAAAAGACUACACAGCUUUCCUCUCAUCAGGCACACAGACAUGCCUGAAGAGAUGCGAGUGGAGACCAUGGAGCUGUGUGUCACAGCCUGCGAGAAAUUUGCCACCAACAAUGAGAAUGCUGCCAGGAUGAUUAAGGAGUCCAUGGAUAAGAAGUUUGGCAGUUCGUGGCAUGUGGUCAUUGGUGAAGGUUUUGGGUUCGAGGUGACUCAUGAAGUCAAGAACCUGCUGUACAUGUUCUUCGGGGGAAGUCUUGCUGUGUGUGUGUGGAAAUGUUCCUGAUGUCGUCUCCUGGCCACACAGUUGCCACUGUGGGGUAUUUAUACUCGCAGGCCUGUCUUAACUAUGCAGCCCUAUACUUGAUGUGUGUGUCCAGCCGUGUGAAAAGGUGCAUGAGGGGUACAGAGAAAGAAGGAUCCACAUUCCUGGGCACAUCUGCUCUCAACAGAUCACUCUUUCUCAGGUUUUAAUUCGAAUUUUCAUGAUUGCAAUUGACAUCUUUAUUCACUAUGCAUGAUUCAUAUAUGCUUAUUCUUCCAAAGAAAGAAGUGUUUCAUAGUGAAUUUAAUUCCUUUUGUGUUUUGAAUUAAACUACAUGGCAAAUAACCUCUGCGAAAUGAUCUCCAGAUAGGAUUGUCUGUGUGAGUUUUGUAAAUAGUGAAAUGCCGAAUCUAUGCUUGAAAUCCCAGACAUUCUAUGACAAUAAUUGUAAUUUAUUCUUACUGGGUUGCUCUGCCACCUGUUUCAGAUGAUUCUGUCUAUUUCUUUUUCAUUCUCACCUUGGGAAUAUGCUCUUUCUGUUCUCUCCCUUUACACAACCAGCAAUUCCAAGAGUGAAUUCUACACAAUGUCAAGUUUACAGAUUUUAACAUUUGAUUUCUAAAGGUUCUGUAGUUGUGCAAUCUAAACCUUGUAUUGUUCUUUUUUUAGCCAUGAGAUUCAUAUCUACUGAAACUUGUAUUUUACUGUAACCGUUUUACGCAUUGCAAAAUAUGACUGUGCUAGAAUGAACAAUUACUCAUCUUCAGCCAUAUUCAGCUGGUAACUGUUUUCCAGGUGCUGCUUGGUGAUUUUAUGGCACAUAGAACAGUUUUUUUCCUACCUCCAGAAUAUUUCUUGCCAAAUUACCUGACAAACCUCCAAGGAUGAGUAGUAAUUAAAUUGCAGUCUGAUUCUACAGUACAUGUCUUUACAGAAUAUGCCUUUUUUAACCACUGAUAAGUAUGAUAAACUUAUCAUUUAAUGCUGUAAUAACUAUUUGGUUUACAGAAGCAUGUUUGAAAUGAUUAACAUGAAUACAAUUACAUCGUCACUCCUUCCUAGCGAACACACUCAUAAGAAGAAAUCAAUUCUUGGGUUGUAAGGAGUAGAUACCGUAUGCUACCACAGUUAAAUGGAUGUUAUGUUAGGAAUAUGGUCAUUAUCAUUGGUUAUUUCCAGCUAAAUACAGAAGGAACAUGCCAAUAUUUGUGAACACUGUCCUAAAAAACAUUUGAAUAGUACUUUUGACCUUAUCUGUGCAAUUCUGUUUGUUUUCAUCAGAAUGUUUCGUCCUAAUGUUCCAGCAAUGCUGAAAUUGUAAAAGGCCUUAAAAGUUAUGUUUUUUAUGAUUCUGAACUUUCUGUGCAAUAAUUCCUCUGUUUGGAGAAAUAAACUUUAAG